AUGGCUCCCGUAAAACAACUUAAAAAAGCAUUACAAUCCAUGAAGAAACCACUAGGAAAGCCAACAUCAAAAAGCAAGAAGACCCAGAAGAGAAACUACUACAACUUCUCAAUUUACAUAUAUAAGUUACUGAAAUGCGUAACGAAGGAGAAAGUGGACAUAUACAGAAUGUCUAUGCUGAUAAUGAAAAACUUCGUGAACGACAUGCUAGAGAGGAUCACUGAGGAAGCGGCGAGAUUGGUGUCCCAUUUAAAGAAGAGCACACUAAGCAGUAGAGAGAUACAGUUUGCCAUAAAACUGCUCAUUCCUUGA